CACAGUUUUCUACAUUUAAAUAGCACACAUGCGUCUGACGUCGCUUUUGCCGGAUGGAGAGCCCAAUUGUCUGAUGCUCAAGCUCAGGCAAAUGCUAAUCCUUCUUGACUGUGGUCUUGGUCAAGAGCAGUUUUACGCAAUGCCUGUGAGAGAGGGUGGACUAACAGAUGAUAACAAAGAUUCUAUACAAUCAGGACAGCCGUUGGGUGCCACUACGGCUGCUAGUGAUUCAGCCCUCAAACGAAAGCAAGCUGGUUCCACCGAAGUAUCAGAUAUUCGGCAAGACUGGGCAUCAUUUCUGAAAGCUUCUAGCACACAGCUCCUUCAAAAAAAAAGGAGACGAGGAUCAACUGUAGACGCAUCUACAGCAGCCUCCUCUACUGCUGGCGCAAUGAUAGGGACUUCAAAUGUCGACACAAAUGAUCCAGGAGUCACGUCAACAAGCAAAUCAUCGCAAAGCUCUGCGACUCGGGAAUACAUGUUUAAGUUACCUGACUUUUCAGGCGUAGAUUUUAAAUCAAUCGAUGUGGUUCUCAUCUCCAACUAUAAUCACAUACUGGCACUUCCUUACUUGACUGAGUUUACGGACUUCCAGGGCAGGAUAUUCGCUACGGAGCCAACUAUUGAAUUCGGGCGACAGCUGAUGACAGAGUUUGUGUCCUUCUUUGGGACGAGUGUCACAUCCAGUCCGCAUGAUUUUAUUGAUAGGAAAAAGCUGGUGGCACGAUCAGGGUCAGGACUCUUUCCAGCGUAUACCCAUUCAGACAUAAAAGCCUGUAUAGACAAGAUUCAGCCAGUCCGCUUUCGUGAACACAUUGCGCUCUAUGGAUCACUCAAGUUGACGGCUCACAGCGCCGGAUAUUGUCUUGGCAGUUCAAAUUGGCUAAUCCAAAUCGGAUCAGAAAACAUUGCCUAUAUUUCAUCAUCAUCAACACAAGUCAAUCUCCAUCCAGAUCUGUUUGAUGGAACACUGCUGGAGAACUCGAGCACUAUCAUUGCAGCCGACCUUUCACCUAAGGGAAGCAUUACUUACGAUAGCGGCGUUAAUGAGGUUUGUGCCAGUAUUGCUCGGACUAUCGCACGCAAGGGCCACGUCCUGAUUCCAUGCACCAUCUCAGGAUUUCUUUUUGAUCUUUUGGAAGAUGUCCAUUUGCAUCUGAACAGGAUGGGACUAAUUCACCAGGUCCAAUAUAGCUUCAUCUCUCCAGUUGCAGAAACCGCAUUGCAGUAUUCCAAUAUUUUGGCAGAAUGGAUGGCUCCUCGUAAACAAGAGAUGGUUUAUCUUCCGGAAGCACCGCUACUUCACGGUAUCCUUUUGGAAAAGGGACCAGCCAAAAAUUAUAAAAGCGUGCACGGCGCAUUUUCGUCCGACUUAAAAUAUCCGUGCGUUGUGUUUGGUGGGCACCCAAGCCUACGGUCAGGGCCUAUGGUUAACCUUUUGCAUAUGUGGGGCAAAAAUUCUAACAACUCGAUUGUAUUUAUUGAGCCGCGAAUCGACGUUCCAUCAAGUUUGGAGCCUUACGAAGGACUUGAGAUUGGUCGAAAUAUUUGUCCCUUAGACAUUCGGCUUACAAUCGAUCAGCUAGUUGAAAUUAUGAAGAAGCACAGGCAUCCAAAACACGUCCUUGUACCAACGCAUGUUACAUCUACGGGGGCUGACGGCAAAGCAGAACUUGCGGACUCUAAAGGCACAACCUCUACAUCAAUUACACAGUGGUCGUCAUACAGAGUAGGAGAAGCCAAGCAGCUUGGAAUGGGGUCUCUUUACGAGACUGUUCUUCUUUCGGAAGAGCUGGCCAAAGGAGUAUAUCCACAGGCUUUCGAUGGAACAUCGCUAGCACCUAUUGCAGGAUCAUUGUCGAUAUAUAAUAACCAGAUGCAACUUGAGCCAGCAUCCUUUGCUGGCCGUCAGAUUUUGGCACUUUAUACCCAGCGACAGCUUCGCGGGGUCAUGAACCUUCAAAGCUUACUAACCGGCCUAACCAAGAUUGGCGUUGUGGACCCGAUUGUAACACAGUCCGGGGAGGAUUUAGAUGAUGAAGCUGUCGAGGCUGGAGAAGAUCCAGAGAUCAAGGUGGAAUUUGAACUGGAGGGUCAACCGGCCAGCAUCAUCAUUCGUGAACAAGAGACAAUUGUGAAUUGCGACGAGAACAUACGUCCUCUUUUACGUGAGCCAAUUCUUAGAUGUUUCCAGUCCUUGUGAUAAUAAACAAUCAAAACAAUUGAAAGUCGCA